CAUUCCGCCCAGAUUCCCACCCUCCCUACUUCACCCCGCAAUCUGGACGCAACCCACCUGCACACAAACUAUCAGCAACUCCCUCAACCCACUGCCAGCCACCCACUCUUCAACUCUACUCCAAUGCCCGGGACAAUCCUCCCCGAAGAAGAAGACACCGUCCGGCGCUCCGUCAACGGUCAGGUCUUGUCAACAACAGCAGCCCGCAUCUACAAUGCCCGCAACAACAACUGGACUUAUUCAGGGAACGUUGGGGCGCUGGUGCUGGCGAAGGGGAACGGGUACAAGGCGGCGUUUACGUUGCAGCUUGUUGAUUUGAAUACCGCCAGAAGCGUGUGGCAACAAGAUGUGACAGACGACGUCAAGUAUCAAAAGGACCGACCGUUCUUCCACAGUUUCAUUGGAUCCGACGGUCUAGUUGGACUCUCAUUCGCAGACGAAGACGAAGCGGGCGACUUUCACUCCGCGUUCUUGAGCAAAGAAUCAGCUUCUGCUGCUCCUGCUGCUGCCGCACCAGCGCCUCCCUCGAGGCCGCCCGCCGCUGGACCGGGACUGUUACCUCCUCGCGGUAUGGGUAUGGGCGGUGCUCCACCACCGCCCGCACCUGCGCCCGUCGCCGUGCAAAGUGCCGUUCCUCCUGCAAUGAUCGCCCACCAGCCCUCCAACUUAGUACACAGCGGAAGCACAGACUCUCUCAAGGGCAAAUCCGAAGGACGGUCCAGCAUCUUUGGACGCUCUAGCACGAGCAAGAAAAGCAAGUCGGCUACGAAGAAGGGCGGGGUUGAUAAGUCGAUGAUUUCUGGGCCUGUUGAGGGCAGUUUUGAGCAUGUUACCCAUGUUGGCUAUAGCAAGGAUGCCGGGUUUACCGCCAUGAACAUCCCGAUGGAAUGGAAGGCCAUUUUUGCGAAAGCCGGUAUCAACGAAGAAGAUCUGAACGACCAAUCAAAGAAAAAGGCCAUCAAAAAGUUCAUGAAGCAGAAUGAGGCGUUGGUGCAUCCGGCUCCUGCCCCGGAGGUGCCUGCUGCUCCGCCAGCCAUUCAGGCUGCCACCGGUGACCGCAAAAAAGCGCCCCCACCUCCACCCCCCAUUCGCCGCCAACCACCCCCACCCGCCCCCAACCAACGCUCAUCUCCAACAACCGCCCCUCCACCACCCCCACCUCCCCGCUUCGGAGGCGCUCCCGAACCACCUAUCCGCCAACCCCCGACCUCCACAGCUCCCCCACCGCCGGCCCCGCCACGCCAACAACCCGCACCGCCCGCAUCCGGAGGCGCACCUCCACCUCCCCCGCCACCCCCGCCCGCAGGAGCCGGAGUCCCACCGCCACCCACACCUCCCCGAGGCGGCAACACCGACUCUGGAGGCGCACCACCCCCACCCGCCCCACCCCGCGCGCCCGUCGCCCAGGGCGGCGCAGCACCGCCCGUAGACCUCCUCGCAUCCAUCCGCGGCUUUGGCGGCCUCGGCGCGCUCAAGCAAGCCUCCGCGUCGGAAUCGCCCCGCCCAGCGCCACCGGCAGCGGCGAGCAACACGGAUGAUAUCGCGGCGGCGUUGAGGAACGCGAUGAUGAAUAGGCGGAAUGAUGUUGCUGGGAGCGAUUCGGAGGAAGAAGACGACGACGACGAAUGGUGAACUCCCACCCCCUGCCUUGUGGAAAGAUAUCUACAGAUGAUCCCCCUCCUCCUCCUUUCUUCACCUCUAAUCCACACAUCAUAUCUUCUGUUUUGCUCGAAAAAGAACCAGCUUCACUCGAUCGGGUUAUCCCAUAUCCCCCUUUCUCCAUCCAUUCUUGUACCCUGCGUAUUCUAUGUUGCGUUCAUCUACAGAGGUUCUCAAGGGGGCAGUGAGGAGGUAGAAGCCCGUGGAUGGUGUUGUUUGCAGCCGGCAGGGGGGAGUCAUCAGCGACGCGCCGCGCAUUGCAUUUCACACCUCGCCCUCACUCUCUCG